AAUAUACAUAUUCUUCUCACUUAUCUACAGAGAUUGGGGAUGAAAAAAUGCAUCUGCAUAAAGAUAAACUGGUGCAAAAGAUAGUGGAGCAAAUUCAAUUGUUGAUCUCAAAUCCAAAUUAAGUAUAAAUUUCUUGUUGCCAUAUAAUAGCCAAAUGAAAGUGAUCAACAAUUCUACGAUUGCUUUAAAUAUGGAAUUGCUCAAUAAUACUUAUGUACUAUGAAAAAUAUAAAUUUAAGCUGAGAUAAUGUAAUAGGUUUAAACAAGUUCGAAUAUUGAUCAACCUAGAAAGGCAUUCUCGUAUUCGGUUUUCACUAAGAUGUCUUCUAUCCUAAUGAAUUACCAAUCUCAGUAGUAUAUGGUUGCUAUAAGAAUCAAUUAAUAAUUACACUUUUUGGCAAGAGACACCAUUAGAAUAAUUUAAGAGGUUUUUGAAGCACUUUAAUAUGUUGAAAAAGUGCAAUUGUGUGGCAAGGAUGCUUCCUUAAAAUAGUAUGAUAAAUACAUGAGAUAACUGGAUUAAUUGGUUUUUUUUUGGGAAUAAAUACACAUAUUAGAAAAUAGACCCAUAUUGUUUAAUAAGGAGAAUAUAUCAUCUCAAAUUUCCCAGUUACUAGAUCAAUGGUUGGACAUUUUAGUACAGAAAUUAAAUUUUUAGUAGAAAUCAUAGACGCUGAAACAAGCAGAAUCAUCAAAACCAGUUUAAGCGACUAAUAUCUAAACACAAGUAGACCAUAGAUUAAGAAUUGCUCACGAAAUGUUUGCAGGACUUGGCAGAGAUAAAGAUUAAAUAGCAGCUGUGUAAUUGUAUACAAAAUUGGCAGAAGAAAAUGAUGCUACAGCUUAAGCGAUUAUGGGACAAAUCUAUUUAGAAGGGAUUACUUGUCCAAAAGAUUAUGAUUAAGUUAACAUUUUAUUAAUCUUCUAGGCUUUCAAUUACUUUAAGAAGAGUGCUGAUCAAUAAAAUGCCUUCAGUUUAUAUCAUACUUCUAAAUUAGUUUUUGUAUCUAUUAAACUUUAUUUUAAGGAAGCCAAAGUCUAUGAUAAAUUCUAUGAUAGGGAUGAUAAUAACACAAUAACUAGCAAAAAUUCAAGCGAAGCAUAUAAUUCUGACUGCGCAUUUGCCUUGACUCUCCUAAAAAGGGCUGCAGAAUUAGACCAUUUAGAAUCUAUGAUUUACUUGGGAGAUCUGUAUAGCAAUGGACUCCAAUUAUAAGAUUGUAGAAUUUUAAUAAUAUUUUGAUUAGAUACUUUAGAGAGGGAUUAUCCAAAUGCUGAAUUUUAUUACAAAUAAGCUCAAAAUAAAAAUUCUAGUAAAGCAAUACAUAAAUUGGCUCUUCUUUAUUUAACUAUGUGCAAAUAAUCACAAUAUAAGGUAUUGAAUUUAAUGAUGAGUAGAAUCGCAGUCAAUUGAUCUAGCCUCUGUUAACUCAGGCCAAGAAUUAAGAUUAUUUGCCUGCCUUUUAUGAUUUAGGAUAACUGCUGUAUUAGGGAUUACAAGAUGAAAUAGAAUAGAACCUAGUUAUGGCUGAUUUAAUAUUUGAGUAGGGGUGCAUGAAAGGUGAUCUUAGAUGCGCUUAGAAGCUGCUCAAUUUAAGAUUUCAAGCAUUAAGAAAAAAUGAAGUUGGUAUUGAUGAUUUCUUUGGUUUACUUGAGUAAAUAGAGUAAGAGAACAAGGAUUGGACCAUUACUUAUUAUAUAAGAGGAAAGGUCUAUGAAAAAGGUCUUUAAGUAGAGAAAAACUAAAAGAAGGCCUAAGAAUAAUAUAGAUUAGGCUAUAUGAGAGGAUGCUAAAAAUGCAGAAUCUAGUUAGAUAAAAAUCAAAAAGAGACUAUGCCAACAGACAAUAAUCCAACCAAUUCUUAACAAUCUUCAUUAUAUUAAAGGCAAACCAUCAAUGGAUUCAUUGAACAAAUUAGAUAAUCUGAAAGGAAGAAAAAACCCUUUUAAAAAUAGAGAUAAGUUUCUAUUGGAAAUGUCCAAUCAAUUUUUAACAAUGUUGAAAAUGAUAUUUAAUCCACUAUGUAAACAAUAUUAGAUAUACCAUUUAGUCAGGAUGGACAUACAAGAAUGACAAUAAGUAUUACAAGACCUAAAAAUCAAACUGAUGAUAGAAAGAGAGGAGUAUCGGCUACUGAGUUACCACUCUAAGAUAUUGGUGGUAGUAUUCUGCUUUCACAGAUUAAAUUUCCUGAAAAAACUCAUCAGCAUUCUGUAUUUUGGUCACCUAGAUAGCCAUCUUAGUACUCUUAAUCUGGAUUAAAAAUUACUAAUUCUACUUCUAAAAAACGAUUCAACCUUAAUAAAAUUAGGCUUCAAAGCAAUAUACCUGAAAAUUGAGUUAUUUGACACUAAUAGCG